CGCAAGUCGAGACCUAGAGAGGAGCUCUCCAUCGUGCCAACAAGACACGAGUUUUAAUCGAGAUUCGAAAGCACCUACAAACACGUUGGUUUCGGCUGGCAGCGGUUCGUUAACUAGCAUUUACGCUGUGUCAAGUCAAUCAUGUCAAACAAAGUCGUCCCAUCUCUCUAUGCUGGAAUCAUUGAUGAUGUCGUAGGGGCGACCAAGGACAGGUUCGAAGAAGAAGGUCUCGAUGAAGAUGGUGCUCUGUUGCUAAGAAAGCUUUGGGAGGCGAAUCUUCGUCUCACCCGGGUGGCUCCGUUCAAAGAGGCCGAGGAGGACGAUAUCGACCCCAACAUGGAAGGUAGCGACUACACACAGGAUGAAGGUGGAUAUGCGAUGGCUCAGGAGCAGCAACAGCAGCAACACAUGCAGUAUGGUGUGGACGCGAACGGGAACGGGCCGUAUUAUGGGGGACUGAAAGGGGGUGCAUCUGCUUUAAGACUCAGGGGUGGACAGAUUUCCGAGGAUGAGGACGAGGAGUUUGACGAGGAAGGCGAUGAAGAGGACGUCAAGCCGUUCAACGCGGACGGCAAGCUGGAUGCACAGCAAGUAGCCGAAUACAACAAACUCGCAAAACUCGGCGACGAUGAUACUACGGACGCUGGGUCACCCUCUAGCAGGCCGACCAGAGACGCUCGAGGAGCUCUAUUGACACGCAAUCCCGAGGUCAAGCCGAAUGAGAACGGGAUUUACCCCGGGGAAGAGAUUAUUGGGUCAGAUCUCGAUGACAGUGACCAGGACGAUGACGACGGUCCCUUUGAUGACGAGGAUGACGAGGAGCAGGAUAACUUGGCGAAGGACGUCAUGAUCUGCGUCUGUGAUAAGAACAAGUGGAAGGUCACAUUCAAGGAUGGCUUUAUCCGUGCGAACGGGAAAGAAUACGUAUUUUCUCGAUGCACUGGUGAAUUCGAGUGGUAGUCGAUCGCGAUUUAAUACCCCGCUUCUCGACUACUCGAUGACAUCGGAAACCCCGCUACAUAAAUAAUCCAAAGUUAA